AUGGAUAAGGUCAGAUCCCUGUUAAAUCUAACAAAUGACCUUGGGACAGUUGAAGUUCAAGAGAAUCCCAUCUUUAUACCAUUCAACGAAAAAGUCAAAUCACACCUUUACACAAAUGAAUACUUGACGAUCAAUGGCCGAAACUUGAACAAGGCUGUAGACGAAGAACACGUCUCAGUUCGCAUUGGCAUGGGUUAUUGCAAUGUGACCUCAAUUGCCUCUUCACAGCUGACCUGCCAACCACCUAAAGUACAGCCAGAAGCCAUGUCUGAUAGCGACUAUCCAGAAGUCAUUGUGCGAGUGGGACGUAAUCUAACAUACCACAUUGGUUUUUUGCGCUAUGAGGAACCGGAAGGGACUUCUUUACACAUGGUCAUUGGUUUGGCCGUUGGAGGGGCUGUCCUCUUGAUGAUUGUCAUUAUUGUUGUGAUUGCUUAUCGGGUGAAGUCAAAACAGAGUAAUACAAUGAAGAAACAACUUCAUGAUCAGAUGGAUCAGUUAGAAUUGAAAGUCGCACAAGAAUGCAAGGAAGCUUUCGCUGAACUACAGACGGAUAUGACUGAAUUAACAAGUGAUAUGAGUGGCCAAAUUUCCAUUCCUUUCUGGGAUUACAGAACUUACUGUAUGAAAGUAUUGUUUCCUGGGGAUAAGGAUCAUCCUGUCACUAAGGGUCUCCGCUCCUCUUAUUAUAUGCUUCAGUCUCUCCUUGUUUUCUUUCUCUCUCGCUCUCCUCCUUCUUUUCUUUCUCUCUCUCUCCUCCUUCUUUUCUUUCUCUCUCUCUCCUCCUUCUUUUCUUUCUCUCUCUCUCCUCCUUCUUUUCUUUCUCUCUCUCCUCCUCCUAUUCUUUCUCUCUCUCUCUCCUCCUCCUAUUCUUUCUCUCUCUCUCUCCUCCUCCUAUUCUUUCUCUCUCUCUCUCCUCCUUCUAUUCUUUCUCUCUCUCCUCCUUCUAUUCUUUCUCUCUCUCCUCCUUCUAUUCUUUCUCUCUCUCCUCCUUCUAUUCUUUCUCUCUCUCCUCCUUCUAUUCUUUCUCUCUCUCCUCCUUCUAUUCUUUCUCUCUCUCCUCCUUCUUUUCUCUCUCUCCUCCUUGUUUUCUUUCUCUCUCUCUCUCUUCUUUUCUUUCUCUCUCUCCCUCCUUGUUUUCUUUCUCUCUCUCUCCCUCCUUGUUUUCUUUCUCUCUCUCUCCUCCUUGUUUUCUUUCUCUCUCUCUCUCUCCUUGUUUUCUUUCUCUCUCUCUCUCUCCUUGUUUUCUUUCUCUCUCUCUCUCUUCCUUCUUUCUCUCUCCCUAUUCCUUCUUUUCUUUGUCUCUUUCUCUCUCUCUAUUCCUUGUUUUCUUUGUCUCUCUCUCUCUCUCUCUAUUCCAACAUCUUUCUCUCUCUUUUCCAUCUUUUACUUGUUUCUCUCCCUUUCUUUCUUCUUUGUGUGUCAUGCUCUUUUUUGUUUUCUUUCUCCCUCUCCCUUCCUUGUUUUUUUCUCUCUUCCUUGUUCUCUUCCCCUCUCUCUGUUUUCUUUCUCUCCCUCUUGUUUUCUUUCUCACCCCCUCUCUUUCAUGUUUUCUGUCUCUCUCCUUUGUUUUCUUUAUCUUUCUCCCUCUUUUCCUCGUCUCCUUUCUCUCCCUCUUUUCCUCGUCUCCUUUCUCUCCCUCUUUUCCUCGUCUCCUUUCUCUCCCUCGUCUCCUUUCUCUCCUUCUCUUCCUCAUCUCCUUUCUCUCCUUCUCUUCCUCGUCUCCUUUCUCUCCUUCUCUUCCUCAUCUUCUUUCUCUCCCUCUCUUCCUCAUCUUCCUUCUCUUCCUCGUCUUCUUUCUCUCCCUCUCUUCCUCAUCUUCCUUCUCUUCCUCAUCUUCUUUCUCUCCCUCUCUUCCUCGUCUUCCCUCUCUUCCUCGUCUUCUUUCUCUCCCUCUCUUCCUCGUCUUCUUUCUCUCCAUCUCUUCCCAGUCUUCUUUCUCUCCCUCGUCUUCUUUCUCAUCAUCUUUCUUUCUCUCUCUUGCUUGUUUUCCUUCUCUCUCUCGUUCUUCCACUUUUUCUUUCUCUCUCUCUCUUCCUUGACUCUUUUUUUGUUCUUCCCUCUUUGACUCUCCGUUCUAUGUUUUUUAAACUUUAUUUGCUUCCCAUUUUUUUCUAUUUUUUCAUCUCUCCUUCUCCUUAA